ACGGUGCUGCAGCUGCUGACUGUCUCCGCUAUCUGACGGCUCAACAAAGCUACAACGACACGCAUUUUACCAACGAAAAAUAAAGAAAAAGAACCAAACUACAGCACCUCCAUAAAUUUACUGAGAAAAAGAAAAGACAUUUGUAACAGAACAACCGAAAUAAAUCAGAGGGGGGCGUUUGUGUUUUAUUCUUUUUUUUUCUUUUUGUUUUUUUUUUUCUGUUGAAAAACCAAAAUGAAAACCAAAUUCAUCAACGGGGUUUCCUCUUCCCCUUCUCUGUCGCUGGGUCUGCUGGUGACCGAGAACGCCUUGCAGGUCCAGCCCGACACCCAGGACGACUGUAAGGAGCUGGUCUGCCCCGACCAGCCCGACCUGGACACCCGGCGGAAAGCGUAUCUGUGGUGCAGAGAGUUCCUCCACGGAGCCUGGAAGAGCCUGGAUGAGGACGAUUUCCAUGUCACCAUCAUAAGGGGUGGUCUGAGCAACAAGCUCUUCCUGUGCAGCCUCCCUGACAGCCUGGACACUGUUGGGGACGAGCCGAGGAGCGUCCUGCUGCGCCUCUAUGGGGCCAUCCUGCAGAUGUCCUGUAAUAAAGGGGAUUCCCGACAAUCAAACAAAGAGAAUCACUUCCAAGGUGCGGAGGCCAUGGUGCUGGAGAGUGUGAUGUUUGCCAUCUUGGCAGAGAGGGAGCUGGGCCCUAAACUCUACGGCAUUUUCCCUCAGGGCCGACUGGAGCAGUAUGUCCCCAGCCGUAAACUGGACACCUGUGAGUUAGGUGACCCCAGCAUCUCAGCAGAGGUUGCAGAGAAGAUGGCCAGGUUUCACGGGAUGAGGAUGCCCUUCAACAAGGAACCAAAGUGGCUGUUUGGGACCAUGGAGAAGUACCUGAGCCAAGUCAUGAGGCUGAACUUCACCAGGGAGUCCCAACUGCGUCGCUUCAACCGCCUGCUCAGCUACAACCUGCCACAGGAAAUGGAUCUGCUCAAGUCUCUGCUGGAGUCCACCCACUCUCCUGUAGUGUUCUGCCACAAUGACUGUCAAGAAGGGAACAUCCUGCUGCUGAAGGACCGUCAGACCUCAGACAAGCAGAAGCUGAUGCUCAUUGACUUUGAGUACAGCAGCUACAACUACAGGGGAUUUGACAUCGGCAACCACUUCUGUGAAUGGAUGUAUGAUUACAACUGUGAAGAGUUUCCCUUCUUCAAAGUCAAUCCUCAGGCCUACCCUUCAAAGGCCCAGCAGCUCCACUUCAUUGAAAGCUACCUGCGCGAGUCUGACAGAGGGUUUGACAACCUGAGCGAAGAGGACCAAAUGAAGCUGAAGCAGGAGCUGUAUAUGGAGGUGAACAGAUUCUCUCUGGCUUCCCACUUCUUUUGGGGCCUGUGGUCCAUCAUCCAGGCCCGGCUCUCCACCAUCAAGUUCGGAUACCUGGAGUACGCUAUGGCUCGAUUUGACGCCUACUUCCAGCAGAAGAAGAUUUGGGCUGUCUAAAGGAGCGAGAUGAUUGGAUGGAUUGACAACACGUUCAGCCAAACGGCGGGAGGACAUGCAGGGUGAUAAAGACUCCACGACCCACACUUUACUCACACUCCCCGCCUUGAGAGGAUUUGCUGGCUGUUGGUGUUGUGUUUACCAAAGCCAAAGCUUGAUCACGUGGCUAGAAUGCUUAAAGUACGCCCCACAAUCCAUUGCAGCUCAAAGUUUACACUGUGUAACCCCCCCCGAGAGCCAAAAAAAAAAAAAAAAACAGCUUUGACUUGUACUAACCUUCAUCACUGGUCAGGACUGCUCUCUGCUUCUGCCUUGUUUGAACCACAUCACUAACACGAGGGUUUUGAGCAGGAGGACAGUGGAUCGGUUACGCUCGAUCCUCGUGCCUGUUACCGAUGGGCUACCUUUUUGGCUGGUGGAGUCGUUACCUGUUAGACAGGCCAGACUGGUGUCUGCACUUUGAGAUAUUACACACUUUGCAGUUUGUUUGAUUUUCUUUUUUAAUGGUUGAUUUUAAUUUUUUAAUGGUUGCAUUUGUCAUUCCUUUCAGGCCAGGGCAAAUUCACUGAUGUUGUAUUUCAGAGUAUGUGAAACGUUUUCUGGGCAGCUGGUUAAACUCCACCAAAUCCAAAUCAAAGACAUCAAACUUCAGGUAUUUCCAUUACAAUUAGGCCUGAUUCUGUGUGGCUUCCUUACUAUUAGUGCCAUCACACUACUCUACUGUGACUUUGCUCAUCUUUUUUUUUAAUAUAUUAAAAAAAAGAUAUUAUAAUGGAUCACUGUGACAAGUAGAUCCACAUCUCUGUAUAGCUUAUACAUUGGACAUUAACAUCUGCAUUCCAGCCAUGCUUUAUGAGCCGAGGAAAUUUUCCCUAGGCCCUCUAGGAAACUAGGGAGCUGACUAAUAAUAUAUAUUUUUUACCUUUUAUAUAUUAUCACUGCAUUGAGGAAAACUGCACACAGUACAAAUGCCAAUGGUUCCUCAUUGUGGGAAUGGAUUCAUUGGCGAGGUCACUGGUUUUUUUUUAGUGCAAAUGCGUCCUGCCAACCUUCCUCAUCAUUGUACCCAUAAACCAGAAUAACGACACAAGCAGGGACAUCAUACUGCACAGCUGGACUUUGCCUAGAUUACUUACUUAAGUAACUCGUAGCUGGACAGCUGUAUAGUAUCUUUGUCAAAGGGGCAUUUAGUAAUGUGUGGCUUUUACUGCAUGAGUGACUAAGACGGCUCCGUACUGCCGAGAGCGCAGUCGGUGCUGUCAGUCGCCUUGUCAGACCCAAAUGACGUGAGAGAGAGAGAGAGAGAGAACUGUGACUGUUUGGUCUUUCUGCCUCUCAUCCAAACAUCCUGAGACCAGCUCAGUCCUACCUCGCCCCCAUCAGGUCACUUCAAGUGCACCAAACACUCAUGAACUAUUCGAUUCGUCAUCUGCUGCUAACACAGCCUUCACUUCACUGCCUUUAAAUGAGACCUUGAUUUGUUGAAUCUUACCUUGUUUUUCUUUUUACUGGAGUUGGUACCAGUGACCGCGAGCUAGCUUCUCAGCUUACCAUUACAGCGACAGUGCCUGUCGGACUUUAUGAAAUACGCUGACAAUGACAGAAACACUUUCCAUGAUAUAAAAUCAAUUGUCUACAGAUUCUCCGCAUUGAAUCGGGUGUAUUACCUGAUGGAGAAGAACAAAUAGGCUAAAGCUGUGUCCAGAAUUGCUCCCUGUUCACUGUGUAGUACACAACAUUUACUGUCCACGGCGUGUGCACCGCUUUCUGCUGUCAAACCCACAAUCCAAAACUGUGGGGGAAAGAACUGUUUAGGAAGUCGUGAAUAAGUGAACAAGGGGGUGAUUUUAAACAGCCUGAAGUUAACCUUUGGCUCCUCUGCCCUCUUAUUUUCUGUUGCUAUGCUAUGUCAAGCUUUCCACUCUGAAACAGCACAUAUGCACUUUACAAUGAAAACAGGGCAAAUUCAACACUCAAAUUUUUAAUCGUUGGAUCCUUAUUUCUACUCACUGACUUUCCCAACGGUAAUGAUAAUUAAGCUAAUGUUAGCACCAUGAGUUUGCUGAUGCUUCCAGCUAACUCUGUUUAAUGUGAGAGCCCUGUAAAAGGGAGUUUAAAUACGCACUUGAUGGCUACAGGCGUGAUAUCACGCUGAAAUACUGAGGCUGGUUAUGUCCCUCCCAAAACAUAAAAAAAAGAAAAAACCCCAGAAAUCUGCCACACACUUUUCAAUGCCUUCCUAACACUCUAGUGUUUCUGGUUUUAAAAAAGACACUAUUUCCGAAAACCUUAUCAAUGCUGAGUAUUUCUCUUAGAACAACCCAACACAACAAAGAAACCCAAAGCUUGAUGGGCCUGCUGUGCCCAGUUACAGAUGCUGAGCCGUGACUGGACGGUUGCUGUUGUUGGUUGUCGGGUUUAGCAGAAGUUGAUUCAAAAAGUCAUUGUCUUCAUAACCAAGGGUAUUACUAAACACCUGCUCUAUGUAGUAUUACACAAAACUGGUUGAAAUGCUUUAUUUUAACCUUGUUUGCCAUAGCUAAGAAACACUGCACUGUGUUGUGUGACUAUGCUGUUACAAAUGAAAGCUGUGGAACCACCGCAAAGGCUGGCACACACAUCCAUGUUCAUUUCUGCUGAGUUGUAGUCGAUCUGUACGUCGGGGUAUAUUCCCCGUUUACCUCCGAGUCCCUGGGAUUUAGCGUGGAAGCCACCAAAAUGAACGUGUGACUCUUGUGAAGUGUACAGUAGGCGUUACUUCAUAGGGAGCUGAGCUGGAUCAUGAACCUAAACUGAUCACUAUGCCAGUCGUCUGAUACUGGAACCACCCAGAGGCGUCUGAAUGUCUGCUGUGGCACUUUGGAUCUGAGGACGGCAAAAGGUAAAAAAAAAUGUAAAAAAAAAAACAAAAACUCAAUGUACUUGAGUGUUUUCGUGUUGAAACAUUUGGGGGGUUGAUGAACUGUGACUUUUUGAAAUGUUAGUUUUAUUUUACAUGCAAAUGUAUUUUAUUGUAUAUUCCAUUGUCGUAUUUCUUUUGGAAUGUGGUUAAUGUAUAGUUUUGUCUUUAUUUUGAGAUACUUGUAUUAAUGAAACAGUUCAAAUUUAAAAAGUGUUACUGGUACGUCCUUUGGGAGGCAAAAGUCUUUAGUACCUGUUGUUGUUGUUUUUUUUGUU